UCGUAGGACAAGAUUGUUUGCACAUUGAAUCAUACUCAUCCAGAGCAACCAAUCAUAGUAAGGAAAAAAUGGCUUCUUUCUCAGUGGAAGAAUUCAUAGGAAAUGGAAUUUUGCAGGGACUGCUCCAAAAGUUGUUGGAAGAAGGGUGGGAUGAUGUACCAACUCUGAAGAUUAUGAGUUCAGACGACAUGGAUUUGUUACACAUGACAGAAAAGCAAAAGGACGCACUUGGAAUCAGGUCCUACCUGCAUGAUCGUGGCUUGAUGCAAUAUGCAGAUAAGAUGGAGGAUUGUGAAAAAAGUUUGUCAGAGCUUAUCAACUUAAGCACUACAGAUCUCUCUACACAAUUCGAAAUGAAGAGAGGCCACAUUGCUCGUUUUGUAAACAGAACAAGCAAUGAUUAUUCUUUCAAGUUGCGUGCAAUUGCUGCAAGAAGAAGAAACAGCAUGAUUCAUAGGGAUGAUAGCAUCGCCAAAAGUGUAGGGUCUAUUAGCUCCAAUAGCCUGGCAAGAUCACACGUGAGAAACAAUACAGCUUUUGAUGCACUUGAACAACCAAUGGCUGAUAUGAAGAUUAAAGAAGGGUAUGUGUUUAAGGGUAUUGUGGCUGCUGAGCCAGCUGAGCCUAGAGCAUGUGGCUGUGUGAAUCCACCUCCUAUCAGUGACCAAGUUGCUCCUUAUGCUGCUGUUGAGAGUAUUUCGGUUCAGAAACUAACUCCCGAGUAUAAGAUUGGCAUGGAACCUUUGGUGAAAACCAAGGCACCUCCAUUGAAGGCUUCAGAACUGUGGAGAGAUAAACCAGCUGUUUUCCUGUGUCUCCGAAGACCAGGGUGCAUCAUGUGUAGAGCUGAGGCACACCAGCUUUAUUCCAGAAAAGCCAUAUUUGAUGCACUUGGGGUUCAACUAUUUGCAGUUCUUCAUGAGCACAUAGAGUCAGAGGUACAUGAUUUCUGGCCUCGAUUCUGGGGUGGUGUGGUGCUUCUUGAUCGAGGUAGGGACUUCUUUAAGGCCCUUGGAGGGGGAAAACUGCUGAAGGAGAAGUUCCUAUCAGGGUUCUUGCUGAAUCCUAGAGCACUUUCCAAUUACAAACGUGCAAAAGCCAUGGACAUUGAGUACAAUUUCAAAGGUGAAGGUGAAAUAAAAGGUGGACUCUUCAUAAUAGGGAUGGGAAAGCGUGGAAUAGAUUCAAAGUUUAUAGAGAGGAACUUUGGUGAUUGGGCACCUAUAGCUGAAGUCAUUGAGAUUUGCACUCAAAUGCAGAAUUUUACAUAAAUAUUCCAGGUGUCAUCAUUUAAGUGGAGAAUACAAUGGAAAGAACUUUCCAAGUUUUGUGUUAUUAGAUAUUUUGUUACAAAGCUUUUGAACAUGCAUGAUGCAGAAUCAUCAAGAAGGUCAAGGGGAGAGUGUGGUGUACUGAGGGGAUCCCAUUGAUUAUCACCAAAGUUCACUUGAAAUUGCAUCUCCAACAGUAGCACAAUCUGGAUACAGAACUUUUGCAUUAUAUAUGUCAGUACAUGCAAGAUCUAUACGUAAAUUAAACUCUAGGUUUAAAAAAUGUUGUGUUUUAGUUAGAUGUAAGGUUACAGUGUAGAAAAUGAGUUGAGUUAUUCAUCAACUGUUAGAGUUUAGCUCAUUAAUUACUUGAUGAAACGUGUUUAUUUAACUAAACAAACAAUUUCAAAGUUAAGGUUGGUAAUGAGUUAAUUAAGUUAAACAAUAGGUUUCUCGUUAAUAA